UUUACCAGUCGGCCCUUUGCAUGAAUCACACAAGAGUGGAUUUCCACGCAAAAGUGUCGUCUGUUGGAGGUUUCGCGAUCAGAACUGAAAGUCGGUGCUCCAGUUUUUGCCAGUCGGGAUUGCUUACAUCUGGCAAACACUGCUCCAAACUUUCACUUUAAGAAGGCGCGUCUACACGCUGCGGUGUAGUGUGUUUAUUACAAUCCUUAAAGUGGCACAUGGAAACCGUCGCUCAUUUCUGCAUGGCACACGCAUUUAAACCUACAGAUUUUCUCCAGCGUGUGGAGAUGAUUUGUAGGGACUGAUCCGCGGAACGUGUUCCUCUAGAGCUGUCCUUUUUUCUUUCUUUUUUUGCAAGGCUGUCGGAGGAGGCAGCACCUCCAGUGUAUGCGGCAGCGUGAGCUCCUCAGCGAGGCGCACAGCGAGCGGACGCAGGGGAUCAGCGGAUUGACGGACGGGCGGUGGGCUCGGGAUCAAACGAGGCAUGAACUAAUCACCGGGCAGCCGUCAGGGGUGAAGGAGCACACCGAGAGAAAUGGAGGCACCUCCGGGGACGAACGCUUGUGAGUCCACCUUAGCCAAACGGGAGUGACCGAGCCGUGAAACUGGUUGGGAUGGCAGCAUCCAGUAACUCAAGCCUCUCAGGUUCAUCUGUGUCCUCUGACCCUGAGGAUUACCAGCCGCCCAUAUGGAAGUCCUACUUGUACCAGCUACAGCAGGAAGCCCCGAGACCAAAGAGGAUCACAUGUCCUCAUGAGAUGGAGACCAGACCCAAAUACUAUGGCAGAGAAUUUCAUGGCAUCAUCUCUCGAGAUUAUGCAGAUGAUCUGCUGGCGGGAGCAGAGGGUUCUUACCUCAUCAGGGAGAGCCAACGACAGCCAGGGACCCACACCUUGGCCUUAAGGUUCGGGCACCAGACCCUCAACUACAGGCUGUUUUACGACGGGAAGCACUUCGUCGCGGAGAAGAGGUUCGAGUCCGUCCACGACCUCGUGACCGACGCCCUCAUCACCCUGUACAUCGAGACCAAGGCGGCGGAGUACAUCGCCAAGAUGACCACCAACCCCAUCUACGAGCACCUCGGUUACACGUCGCUGCUCAAGGACAAAAUGGUGCACAGGCUGAGCCGCGGACGCACGGAACCGCGCAGGGUCACCUUCCAGAGGGAUGAAAGGAUCUCCUCACCUCUGGUGCGACGGAGUGCCUUGAAAGACACGCCUGAAAAGCAGUGCUCCUAUGAGAAGAUCCACAACUUUAAGGUGCAUACCUUCCGAGGGCCGCACUGGUGCGAGUACUGUGCCAACUUCAUGUGGGGCCUCAUCGCCCAGGGAGUCCGCUGCUCAGACUGUGGGCUGAAUGUACACAAACAGUGCUCCAAACUGGUUCCCAGUGACUGCCAGCCGGACCUGCGCAGGAUAAAGAAAGUGUUCAGCUGUGACCUCACAACGCUCGUCAAAGCUCACAACACAACGCGACCCAUGGUGGUGGACAUGUGCAUCCGAGAGAUAGAACUGAGAGGUAUGAAAUCAGAAGGUCUCUACAGAGUGUCUGGCUUCUCAGAGCACAUUGAGGAUGUGAGGCUCGCUUUUGACCGAGAUGGUGAAAAGGCUGACAUCAGUGCCGCCGCCUAUGCAGACAUCAACAUAAUUGCUGGCGCUUUGAAGCUCUACUUACGAGAUCUCCCCAUUCCAGUCAUUACGUUUGACUUGUACUCCAAAUUUAUUCAAGCUGCAAAAAUUCCAAAUGCCGAAUCCAGGCUGGAGGCCAUCCACGAAGGUUUACUGCAGCUUCCCCCAGCCCACUAUGAGACCUUACGUUACCUGAUGGCUCACCUCAAGAGAGUGACAAUGUUCGAAAAAGACAACUUAAUGAACGCUGAGAACCUGGGGAUCGUCUUUGGUCCAACUCUAAUGCAGCCGCCGGAGCAGAAUGCCUUGACAACCCUGAAUGACAUGAGGCAGCAGAAGCUCGUGGUGCAGCUUAUAAUAGAGCAUGAAGACGUCUUAUUCUAAGGACCGAGGCAUGCGGGCCUUGCAACAGACUGAAAGAACGACUAUUUAUUCUGUCAAGAGGAAAUUCAAGCCACAUUGAUUCUGAUUAAGGUUCAGAAUAGUUCGUGAUCCGACCGAGCUCUUAUUUCCCGCAUGACAGUCGUAGUUUAAGUUGGUUUGGUGAUGACAUUGUCUUGUUACUGUAUGUUUUGGGUUCGCAUACUAAGUCAAGACCAUCAUUUUUUUACAUUUGGAAAGGAUCCUAUCAUUUUUAACUACUUAACAGAGCUGUUCCCUCCCGUGUUUCAUUUGAAGACUGUCACUACCUGGUGUAGACUCAGUCGUGAUGACAGCGCUGUGUGGGAUCAGUCAGUGGAGGCACGGUGCAGUGUAAAUCAAGCCUCACACACCAGCCAAGUCACUGCUCUCACAUGUGGGAACUCUAGUUAAAAAUGGAAUGAAACAACGUGGAUCCUUUUAUUGUACAUAAAAAACAGAUCACGCAAUGAUCCGAAUUUUAACUGUGUGUACUGAAACAUAAGAAAUGAGACAACUCCUAUAGCACUUUUUUUGCGACAAGUGUAAAAGAUUUAUUUUGUAAAGAUGUUUAUUUUUGUCUCCAACUCCGCAUUGUUCCUUUGUCACUAUAAUAUAUGCCGUCGAGAAUGAUGUAAUUGAUGUCUAAAUACAACAUGGUUUCGCAAAAGAAAAAGCCAGAAGAGCAGUGGUUUGUGGAUCUUACCACACUGGUUUUCAGUGUAUUCAGUGUUGUGUGUGGAACACAGAGGUGGAUAAAACACUGGUCAUUAUUUCAUGUCCCAUACUAGACUGUGACACAUAAGCAAAUCUCUUCUGUACACAUGCCGUGUUGGCUGUGCUGCAGUGUUUCAGUGUACAGUACAUUUUGUAAUUUGGAAAACUGUCAAGAGGAAGGAAGAUUAUCGCCAUUUUUUUUUAUUUUCAUGCCAGUAAUAUUGCUCAGUGCAGCAGUUGCCAUUCACUUUAUGAACGCCAUUGAUUAUCAUACAAAAGCAGUACCUUCCUUUCAUACUUUAAUGGUUUGAAUCCUUUCUACAAGUCCAUUUUAUCAAAUGGUAUUUUUGUGACCGUUGCAAUUCAAAUGUAAUUUAUGAAAUGAUGAUUUAUUAAAGUAUGUGAAACUUGAGUUUAAAA